CCUGCACCCCCUUCUCCUCCUCCUCUCCUCCCUGCCGGUCCUGCCCACCAUGGCCCUCUCCUGCCUUCUCCUGGCCGCCCUGGCCGCCUCCCCCAGCCUGGCCUCCUCGGGAGAGGCCCCACCCGACAGAAUCGCCGUGGUGGGGGCCGGCAUCGGGGGCUCGGCCGUGGCCCACUUCCUGCAGCAGCACUUCGGCCCCCGGGUGCCCAUCGACGUGUACGAGAAGGGGAGCGUCGGGGGCCGCUUGGCCACCAUCACGGUCAACAAGCAGCAGUACGAGAGCGGAGGGGCUUCCUUCCACUCCCUCAACCUGCACAUGCAGGAUUUCCUCAAGGUGCUGGGCCUGAAGCAGCGGCGAGAGGUGGCAGGGAAAAGUGCCAUCUUCGGGGGAGGACAGUUCAUCCUGGAGGAGACGGACUGGUACCUGCUGAACCUUUUCCGGCUCUGGUGGCACUAUGGGAUCAGCUUUCUGCGGUUGCAGAUGUGGGUGGAAGAGGUCAUGGAGAAGUUCAUGAGGAUCUAUAAGUACCAGGCCCACGGGUACGCCUUCUCCCGGGUGGAGGAGCUUCUGCGCGCCCUGGGCGGGGACACCUUCGUCAACAUGACCCAGCGCCCGGUGGCCGAGGCGCUGCUGGAGUUGGGCGUCACGCAGCGCUUCAUCGACGACGUCAUCGCCGCCGUCCUGCGGGCCGGGGCCGGGCAGUCCGUGACCAUGCCCGCCUUUGCCGGGGCCGUGUCUCUGGCGGGGGCGCAGGGCAACAUGUGGGCCGUGGAAGGGGGAAACAAGCUGGUGUGUUCCGGCCUGCUGAAGCUCACCAAGGCCAACGUGAUCAAAGCCAAGGUGACGGCCGUGGCUCUGCACAGCUCGGAAGGACGGCCCCUGUACCAGGUGAGGUACGAAAGCGAGGCCGGCCCCGGCUCCCAGCUGUACGACAUGGUGGUCGUCGCUACCGCCCUGUACCCGGGCAGCGACGGCAACAUUUCCUUCCCGGGGUUCGACCCCCCCAUCCCCGAGUUCCUGGGCUCCUUCCAACCCACGGUCACCUCCUUGGUCCACGGCUACCUCAACUCCUCCUACUUCGGCUUCCCCGACCCCAAGCUGUUCCCCUUCGCCAGCGUCCUGGCCGCCGACUCCCCGUCCCUCUUCUUCCGAUCCCUGGACAACGUGUGCCCUGUGAACGUGUCGGCCGCGUUCCGGCGGAAGCAGCCCCAGGAGGCCGCGAUCUGGCGGGUCCUGUCGCCCCGGGCCCUGGAGCGGCCCCAGCUGAAGGCCCUGUUCCGCUCCUACUAUUCGGUCCAGACGGCGGAGUGGCAGGCCCACCCCCGCUACGGCUCCCAGCCCGCCCUGCCCGCCUUCGCCCUCCACGACCAACUCUUCUACCUCAACGGGCUGGAGUGGGCCGCCAGCUCGGCGGAGAUGGGGGCGGUGGCCGCCAAGAACGUGGCCCUCCUGGCUUACAACCGCUGGUACCAGGACCCGGAUAAGAUCGACCAGAAGGACUUACUGCACAAGGUGAAGACGGAACUGUGAGGGCCGCGGAAUAAGGUCACGAGCCACGGCUGCGGCCACUGAUGUCUCCGCUCUUUGUCCCCGUCCCGCAGCCGGGCGUGUGCCCGCGGUAUCCUUGAUCUCUCCCCUCGAAGGCCGACUGUGAGACCCCGUCGGUCGCCGCGGCCCCGAGCGAAAACCACGCGGGGCGGGCACGGUGGGGGACCGGGGUGCCCCGGGCCGGGUCCGUGGGUGUCUUGUGACUGUCUUCCCAUCCGUGUCCCGGGAGGACGGGGUGGGCAGCAGCAACAGGUUGAAUAAAAAUGGAAAUCCCCCCCACUGGGCCGCACGUGGGCCUCGGUCCCGGGCUCCUGGCUGGGGGAC